GAGGCUGCCCGCCGGCUUUGCCUCAAAAAAAGAGUCGGCCGGUUGAAAAAAGAAGCCCGCGGCACUGCGGACUCAGAGGGCGAGCAAGGUGAGGCGUAAGGCGAUGAAGUCGGCCCUGGUGCUGCUGGCCGGCUGGCUGGCGCUGACCGCUUAUUACGUCUACCUGCCGCUACCCAGCACCGUCUCCGAGCCUUGGCCUCUCAUGAUGCUGGAUGCGACGUUCCGGGUCGUGCAGCAAUCGAGCUACCUGGGCCAUUACAUAGGACUGGGCCACCAUGCAAAAUUGCUAAAUAGUUGGAUUGGUUGGUUGGAGAACCUGACUAUGCCCUCCGCAUUGCCUGUGAAGAUAACAGACACCAUAUUUGAUGGUGUUGAGGUCCGAGUAUAUCAGCCACAUGCACAGCUCAGCCAGAAGACGCUACACCGCAGCAUCAUCUACAUCCAUGGAGGAGGAUGGGCUUUGUUAAAUACAAGAGAAGGCUACUACAAUCAUUUCUGUGAGGUUAUGGCUGAAUCUCUGGAUGCUGUAGUUGUCUCAAUUAAUUACAGGUUAGUACCAGAUUUCUACUUCCCGGCACAGUUCGAUGAUGUCCUCCGGGCCACCAAACAUUUUUUGCUGCCAGAUGUCCUUGCUCAAUAUUCUGUUGAUCCUGCCAGAAUUGCAGUUUCCGGUGAUAGCGCAGGAGGCAAUCUGGCUGCUGCUCUGUGCCAAGAGAUAAGUCAAGAGGAGAACAUGACCAAUAGGUUUAAACUUCAGGCCCUAAUCUACCCUGUCCUUCAACCUUUUGAUUUUAACACUCCUUCAUACCAACAGAACAAAUUCAGCCCAAUCCUAACCCCUUCAGUGAUGGUGGAGUUCUGGGUAGAGUAUUUCAAUGGAAGUUAUGAUUUUGUCCAGUCCAUGUUGAUGAACAAUCAUACCUCUCUGGAUGUGAGCGAGGCCAAUUUCUUCAGAGACCGACUAGACUGGACUUUCCUUCUGCCUUCAAGAUUCAGGAAGAACUACAAACUCAUAGCUCCUACCACAGGGAAACCUGAAAUCAUCCAGAAUAUUCCUGCCCUAUUAGAUGCCCGUGCAAGCCCGCUUCUAGCUGACAAAGAGCUUUUACGCCUGCAGCCCAAAACCUAUAUUAUGACUUGUGAGAUUGAUAUUCUGAGAGAUGAUGGUCUCAUGUAUGCCAAGCGGCUAGAGAAAGCCGGUGUGGAAGUCACCAUUGACCACUUUGAAGACUGUUUUCAUGGCUGCAUGCUCUUCACCGUUUGGCCACUUAAUUUUUCUGCAGGAUUUCACACCAGAGACAGCUAUCUCAAGUGGCUGAAUGAAAGCUUGUAAACAGAAAAAGGUCAGUCUCCAGAAAAGCAAUCCAUGCUACUCAUCUGAAGACAUCGCUUAAGAGAACUUCCAGUACAGGAUAGCAUGCUUCCCUGUACAUAUUCCUUGAUGACAUAAUUUAUGGAGAAAAGUCUUGUGUAAUCUCCAGAUCCAAUUCUAAAUGUAUUUGCAAGGAAAUAAAUCUGGUCUUAAUGAAGGCAGUAGAAAAAAGGGGGCUAAAUAAUCCAUAUCCCUGCACACCACAAGACAAAAAUGGUAUUUGUGAAUAUAGUUUUAUAUAAAAGUUUCUUCAAGAACCCUGACAAAUCAGUGAAAAAAAACAGCCAGUCCUAAUCUUGAUUUCCUAUGCUGAUUUUCUAUAUACAAGAAGAGUUUUUUUUCUCCCUAUGGGUAUUCAUGAGGAAUGGGGCAAAGUUGCCC